AUGUCUGAGUUUAAGCUGACUUACUCAGCUGGAAGAAUCCAUGUUUUGGGAAAAAUGGUGUACUCUUUGGGGAAGAGUUUUAGCAUUCGAUUGAGGUUGCGAGCAAGCGCAUCCUUUCGACAGAUUUCUGACAUUCCCGGAAAAUGGUUAAUUUUCUGCCAUUUCUUCAUUGAUACAACGCGUUCAACAGAAACAGAGAGGUCAGUCCAAUAGAGGUUCCAAUCUUCAUCUUCUCCAACUUCUCUGAAUCCAAACCUCUGUGAAACUCGUCUAACUGAGUCGUAUCGACAAUUUAGUAAAUUGACUUCAAGUCUUUUUCGCCUUCUCCUUCUUGGUCGUACUGAAUAAACUAUAUUGUUGGUAUAACCCUCACUAUAAUUAUACGCAUAACACAUACCUUUCACUGGUGGGACGCCUGAAUCCAAAUCUCCAGCUGAAUCUGGCUUUAACUCAUAAUUUUCGGCUUCCACUUCAGGUGUUGCAAAAUUGGCUUCCUUGUCGUUUUUAAAGUUAGUCGCUGAAUUCUUAUCUGGAAUAAAUUUGUUAUUGGUAUCUUCACCAAUGCCAAAAAUUUCAUCAUCAUCUGGUUUGUAUUCUAAAGGCGUCAACUCAGCAUCGUGUAUUUUAUUUUGUUUUGAUAGGAUGUUGGCUCGAUGAGGUUUUGGAACAUCAUUCUGCUUCUCAUAGCAUGCAUAUGAGAUACUAACAGCGGGAAUGACCUUCAGCAUAUUUGCUCCCAUUCCUCGGUACAAACCCAUCACCCCCUCUUGCUUGACUAUCCGUUGGGCGAGAUGCUUCAGGGAUAUCUUUUCACUUUCUGCUUGGAGUUUUGUUUUAAUUAGAGCUAGAGGAUAUGUCGCUAUCUGA